AUGGCAUCUCACACUACUAAGGCUACGGCCAGAUUGCGUAUGACACAGCAACAUUUGACCGGCUCCAGUUGCAAAUUUACUACUUCUGCUACUAGCGCAAACCUAUCCAAAUCUGCUGCUAACAUUAACAUUAAGGAUGUCUCGUCGGUCAGCCGUGGCUCCAAGUACACUACUGAAUACAAGAACUAUGCUGUGGAUGGUCAGAACCAGGUGAUUUCAUGGUUUCAUGAUGUUCCUUUGAAUUUGGACAUAGAGGCUGCAGAAGCCAACAUUGUCGUUGAGAUUCCACGCUGGUCUAAUGCCAAAUUUGAGAUUGACACCAAACUGCCGGGCAAUCCCAUUGUCCAGGAUGUGAAGAAGGGUGCUGUUCGCUUUGUCAAAAACCUCUUUCCUCAUCACGGUUACAUCCACAACUACGGAGCCCUUCCCCAGACAUGGGAAGACCCCACUCACAAGGAUGAAGCCCUCGAUUUGUAUGGAGACAACGAUCCUGUAGAUGUCUGUGAAAUUGGUUCUGCUAUUUUAACUACUGGACUGGUCAAAAGGGUCAAGAUUUUGGGCUCCAUAGCGUUGAUAGACGAUGGAGAGCUCGAUUGGAAGGUGAUUGUCAUCGACGUCAAUGAUCCGCUCGCCGAAAAUGUCAAUGACAUUCAUCACUUGUACACGAGAUGUCCGGGCUUAUUGGAAACUACCAGACAAUGGUUCAGAGACUACAAGUUAGCAGAUGGUAAGCCUCAGAACAAGUUUGCUUACAACGGUCAGUACAGAAACAAGAAGGAAACGUUACAACUCAUUCAGGAUUGUAACAAGAGCUGGUACAAGUUGAUAACGGGUCAAACUAAGGGCCAGAAAUUGCCUUCUAUCGAAAAUGCCACACUAGUCGGAACCCCAGGCUACAACGGAGGUUACAGAACUCAGCAAUUACUUGUAGGAAAAGAUGAGACAGAUGCUCCUAUUCCUGUAGACAUACAACGAAACCACUUCAUCCCAACCGAUUAA